AUGGCUUCGAAAACGCCCCGGCAACAAACUCUGUAUAUCCCACCGGAGGUCUUGGAAAUCAUCAUCGGCAGCAUCGACGACUCACAUUAUCUGCCCCGAGUAUGGCUCAACUUUCGACAAGUAUCGCGAGUCUUCAAAAACAUCACCGAGCGCGUCUUUGUCCAAGAGCACCUCCGAUAUAGUCGAAUUACGAACGUUCGACUCGACUUCUUCUUCUUUACCCCUCGAGGAUCCUUAAUAAGCGCUAAAGACGAAAGAUUCGACUUGGAUUUUGAUCAUCUCGUGGAGGAUGGAGAUCGAGCUGUUUACACCGAAAAGUUCUUCUCCGCCGAUCUCGAGAAGAGACACACUGUUGGCCAGUUGAGAGGAAAAGCCACAGCCGGAGACCUGCUCGACGGCCUCCGCGGCGGUUGGGCAGCCUCUCACAAGCGCGCGACGGUAUCGAACACAUCCUGCCAUAAACUGGCCGAACGCCCACUACCCCACGUCUUCUCACUGAGGGGUAUUGCCAAUGAUACCGAAUUGCCCGGUGUUAACCACGAUUUCGAAGGGCUGGAGAUGUCAUUUCUCUGGAAACCAGCUUUGAGCAAGCUUUUCGGGGAGGAAGAGCAUAUCAGGCGACUGGAAGAGCCCAUGUUUCGGAACAUUCCUCGUGGGAAGCAAGAAGAAGCGUAUAAUACCAGGAAGAGUCACCACUCGAUCUUUGUUUGCCAAUCGAACAGCAAUAUCGGAGCGUUGAACGAGGCGCGGAGACUCCGCAGGAUAUCAGGAUUACAAAAGAAUGACUUGACGGUCAUGGAGCGUAAGAUAUUGUUUGGAGGCAGGCCUUGGUUAGCGAAGGAGUCUGAAGUGCUGGCCAUAAGAAAUGGCUUCAGCAAGUCCGAUUUGACAAACGUGAAGCUCACGGCUCUCCUCGGGACGGGAAUGGAAAAUUUCAGCGGUGAUAUUGAGUUUCCCGCAGGCAAAGAUACUGGCGGCGAGAGCGUGGUCGAAGACGGGAACCACAAAGUUUACCCGUGUCGUGUUAUCAUCAACAACGAACGUCAUUUCAUUUUUGAUCAAAUAUCUAGCACCAAAGGUUAA